AUGGUCUUCAGCGCGGAUGCCUGGUCGCUGCUCACAGUCACUGUGGUGGCUGCCUUCCUGGCAUCGGGUGAUGCAGGUCAAGGCUUGACUCCCCGGCGUGCGAAGGCUUGGCUCUUCCUGAUGUCAGCUGUCUUAGUGCUGUCCUUGUUGGUGAGCUGGGCACUACAAAGUUGGCUGCCACCCAAGUACCCUGCACCUCCAGGGCCCAAGGAGGUGGCCGACUGGCCCGUCUGUGCCUUGUUCGAUGACGAGCUUCAAGUGAACUUCUAUGGCGAAGCGUGCAUCUAUUGCGAGACGCAACGUCAGCGAUGCGGAAAGGCAUGGAUCUCCUGGCUGAGAUUGCCAGGAAGUGAUAGGGAUCACAACUUGGUUCAGUUCCUCAGCCUCUUCCUGCUCUCCUUGUUACGCCGCGCUUGCAACCAGCGUGGAGAAUCGGAGGUGCCGUCCACCGGGUCCGGUGCCGCAGCGGCCUGUGGCUCAGGUGGCGAGGGCGACGACGAAGGAGAAGCUCAAAAGGAAAAGGAGCGUGCUAUGUGGUUCCACAACUGCUGUGCAGCUGCAAUGUGGAUCUCCUUGGCAGGUGCAGCGUUGUUCCAAGCACAAGCGAACUUGAUCUCCGUGGUGUACAUUGUGCUGCUCUUCCACAGCAUUUACACCGCUGGUGUGGCCAAGACCAUCCGUGGCCGGGUGAGAGCCCUUCAGGGCGUUCGCACAUUCAACAUGCUUGUGAUGGUGAUCUGGGCCUUCUAUCAAUGUCCAUCACUGCCAUGUGGGCUGCUCCUGGAUCUCGCUGCCACAGGAGCUUCGGGUUUUCUGUCUCCUCAACAAUGCGCAUGGUUGGAGAAGAACCCCUCGAGUAGCUCCUAUGGCACGGGCACGAUGCGUGCAGUGAGCAUCCUCCUCCAGAGUAUCGGCUUGCAGAAGGUGACAAGCACCGUCUUCUUCGACUGGACCAACGUGUUAAACAUCGCCUUGUUCUUUAGCAGCUCCUUCCUGGCUGUGGUAUGCUCCCGCUGGGACAUGCAGAUCUCUCAGAAGAUCCAGGAGGAUGCGGAAGAGCUGGAGCAACGCUCCAGGUUCUACGUGGCACAUGUGAAGUGCUGGCGCAAGCUGGAGCUUCAGCAGGUGGCCACCAAGCACGAGAUCUUGCGACAGAAGUUGCGUGACUUGAUCGUCCAUCUGAACAGCUUGCGCGCCUUCUGGGCGAAUAUGGCGAGGCCGAGUGAUGAGGAAGAGGAGGCCAAGGAGAGGAAGCGCGCCUGGCAGGACUUCAUACAAAAUCUGUGCUUGUCCUCCGGUGCCGCACCGGAACAGGUGAUCCCGGAGCUCCUCAGCUUCGCUGAGGCUGCCGGGGUGGCUGAGCAGCGAUCUGAGGUGAAGGACGACCGGGGCGACGUCCUGGCUGUGGUCGAUUGCCUUUGGACCGAGCAUGUGCCGCCAGACUGGGCGAAUUGGGUGCUCUUGGAAGGCUUGGACGAGAAGACCGCCGCGCUCUUGGAAGAUUGCAUCCUCUCGGUGAUGAGGAGCAAGGAGCUGCAGCACUUGCAACGGAUGUCGCCCGAGGAGGUCGACGGCUGCGAGGCCGAGCUCUUGCGGAAAUGCCGCGCAGAGCGCCUUCCGCCGGAGGAAUCUCAGGACGAGCCCACUUCGCAGAAUGCCACGUCCGGUGCAGAGCUUCUUCCUCAGGACGAAGCUCAUGUGGUCCCAGCAGAGGGCUCGAGUCGACCAUCCCUGGAGGAGUUGGUGAAGCGCACGCGGCCACUGGUGGAGGCAGUGAUUGACGACCUGCUGUUCUGCCACGUGGGCAUCGGUGGCCAAUUGGUGGAUUUGACCAUCGAGGAGCACCGGAAGAAAGACAAGAGCUUCUUCAGCCUGCUGGGAAAGGCUCUUUGGUCACACGCGUUCGAGCUGGUGGCGCUUUGUGCCAUGCUCCAGUUCAUCAGCUAUCGAUCCGUUUUGGCGUUCGGCAGCGUCUUCACUGUAGUAAUCUCGCAGAUGUUCUUCCCUCACGCCGAGCUAGUGAACAUGGCCUGGGCCUUGGCCGCCCGCGAGCUGCGGGAGGCACCGAAGAUGGCGUGGAUCGCAGCGACCGUGCUGCCCGAGGUGGAGUUUCUCCAGGCCCACGAGCUCUCCAGCUUGGCCUGGGCCUAUGCUGACCUCGGCUUGCUCCACCGGCCGCUUCUGGGAGCUUUGGCUGCCUGUGCCCGAGAGAAGGAUCCCAAAACCUUGGCUGCUGUUCUCCUGGCGAUGAACCUCCUGAGCUGUGUCUCUGAAACUCUUUCGGUCGAGGCCGACGCAACGCCGAGCAGCUUGGCGAACCUCAUGGCGGCCCUGGCACUGCUCCGCGCGGCGGUCCCGCAGUAG